AUGAGUAAAAGAAAAGCUCCAGCAGAAGAUAACAUAAAUCAUGAUUUUUGUGAUUUUUUAAUUGAAUUAGCAAAUUAUGAAAAGAAUGUAAAUCGAAAUAUUCAUAAGCACAAUGCAUAUAGGAAAGCAGCAAAUACCAUUGCUGCUUAUGGAAAGCGAAUUACUUCAGGAGAAGAAGCUAGGAAGUUAGAAGGUGUUGGUAAAAAGAUUGCAGAAAAAAUUGAUGAAUUCAUUCACACUGGAAAACUUAGAAAGUUAGAAAAUAUAAAACAUGAUGACACUGCUAUAGCUGUUGAAUCAUUAACACGAGUGACUGGAAUUGGUCCUGCAAAAGCCCAAGAACUAUUCAAGUUAGGUAUUAAAAGUACCAAAGAUCUUCACAAUCACAAAGAUAAGCUAAACCAUCACCAAUUGAUUGGCUUAAAGUAUCUGGAAGAUUUUGAGAAGAAAAUUCCCCGUGCUGAAAUUGAGCUUAUUGAAGAUAAAAUUCGAAGUAAUAUUAAUGCACUAGAUCCAGAAUAUUUAAUAACUAUAUGUGGGAGUUAUAGGCGAGGAAAAGCAGAAAGUGGGGAUAUAGACGUACUUAUCACUCAUCCUAAUUUUACUUCUUCUUGUUCAGAAAAGGGUCUUGCUUCAAAUUUAUUGAAAAAAGUUGUUAACAAAUUGGAAAACGUUUCUUUGAUUACAGACACUAUAUCAUUAGGAGAUGUCAAAUUUAUGGGCGUCUGUAAAAUAAGCGAGAUUGCAAGAAGACUAGAUAUAAGACUUACGCCGCAUGAUCAAUAUAACUGUGCAACUCUAUACUUUACUGGGAGUGAUAUGUUUAAUAAAGAAAUGCGUGCUCAUGCUAUACAAGAAGGCUUCACUCUCAAUGAAUACUGUUUAAGACCACUAGGUUCAACUGGUAUUCCUGGUGAGCCAUUGCCAGUCAGUUCUGAGAGAGACGUAUUUGACUAUAUCAAUUUCCCUUACAAAGAUCCUUGUCAAAGAAAUUAA